AUGGAUUAUGCGCGGAAAAUUGGUAAAUCAGACAAACCUCGAACUUGGAAAAGGACUAGCAAGCAACUUGUAACAACUAGGGAUCAUCCUCUCUCCAAGGAUACAGUCUUUUCGGAAGAUCAUCGUCUUGUAAAUUGGAAAAAAUGGCUCGGCGAUCGAAAGAAGCAGACACGCCGCAUUGAAUUUGCUACCGGUCGGUCGCACGCUGAUCAGCUACAGAGUUCCUCGGAAAGAUUUCGUGCCUUCGUUGAGAUGAAAAAUUUAAUGGAACACGCGGCCAUACCGGUACCCGUAAUCGGCGAUAAAUAUCGCGGUGGACCGGAAUUUUGGAGAACACCCGAAUUCCUGCCAGAUCGCGGCAACGCUUGUCUGCCGCAAAUAUCGCUCACUGCCACAAGAAAGGAUCUGAAUCUUCCUCCGGAUUUAAUGCAGGUUGGAUUACCGGACUUAAUAGCAAAGGAGCGGGAUCUUAUUGCGGUUAAAGCCAAAAAAGAAUCCUGGGAACGUAGCGAAUAUCUGAAGACGCGUAAACUCGAAUUGGCUGAAGAAAUUGCAUUACUGUUGCCCAAAAAACCAGAAAUGGCAACUUUAAUCGUUCAAGGACGCGCUUCUUUUCAAAAGAAGAAGCCAUUGUUACGAAUUCCUCCCAUAACUAUCUCAGAGCCUGAAGAAGAGUUGUCCAAGGAUGCCGAUCAGAUGAUAGUCUUGAAGAUCCAAGAUCGCGAAUUUGUCUGGCAAAAAUCUCUAUUCAACACAAAAUCAAAAGACAUCGAUUCCAUCACGUGGUCACUAAUUUUUUCGAGUGAAAUAGGUGAACGAGUCGAGAAAGAGAUUGUCUUGGAGAAUAAAGGAAACCGCGUUAUUGUCUAUUAUUGGCGAAACUCGUCCUUUCAGUCAAACAACAUGUCCUUCGAGAUACACGGCAGCCCAUUCUUCUUCAAUAAAACAAACGGACUUAUACUUCCCGGACAAAUUGUAAGGAUCAAAGUGUGGUUUCGACAUAGCAGUCGCGGAAUCUUUACUGAAUCCUGGCGAUUCGUCACUGAACCGAGAUUGAGUUUGUCGGCGUUUGAAUUUCGCUUUUGGGGCUGUUCAAAUGAUACGCAAAGCGCAGAAUUAAUCAAUUAUCGAAAGAUCGACGAAUAUCUGGAUCGUUGCAUUCGUGACUCGGCGAUAUAUUCGAUUAUCAAGGAAAUUAUAACUAAUGUAGAGCACAGCGAAUCUUUAGAGCUGGCUGACAAGAUGCAACUUUUGCAAAACGAUCUCUUUAUCUCUCAAAAUAAGUAUGACGCUGCGUAUAAUGCGUUAUGUGCUUUCGCGAAUAUUUUUGAAGAUGAGAGUGAAUUGGCGAAGAAAAGCAGUUUGAUAGAGCCUGUAAUAUCGAUGGAUGUCGCUCGACAAAAAUCAACACCCUUAUUGCAAAGAUCCAAUAAUAACUUGCAGGAAGCACAAAACGAAAAGUUAAUCGAUCGAUCCUUACCAAUUAUACGGGUGAAAAAAGAAAAAGAAAAUUCCAACUUAAAACAGCCUUAUCGAGAAAUAUUAUUUACUCGUAUAUAUAAAGCUUUAGAAGAAGCGAUAGAACGAGCUUGCGCCAGUAUUGAUUCUCUUAAUAGAUUUAAUAAGUUGAAUAAACAGGAGAUAUAA